UUUUAUAAGCCAAUCGAAAUACGUAAAGAUUUGAGUGCUGAUCAUUUCCUGUUGGGCGUGUCUCAACCUGCCAAAACAAGUGCGCAAACCACGUGUAGUUUUGUUGACAAUCAGAACUGUCAGAUGUUUUAAAGUUGAAGUUCCUCUCUUUCCAGUCAUGACACAAGUUAAAUUAGUAACGCUAGACGUGACCAACACUGUGAUACGAGUUCUAGGUGGUGUGGGACAUCAGUAUUCUAAUAUAGCAAAAGUCCAUGGAGUAGAUCUAGAUCCAGAUAAUGUCACCAAAGCCUUCCGGACUAAAUUCAAGGAACAAAAUAAAGAGUUUCCUAUUUUUGGAAGUAAAAAUGGCUUAACAUCUCGCCAGUGGUGGGACAGUCUUGUUCAGAAGACACUAACUCAGAGUGGAAUGGACUCAAAAAACGAUAAACUUAGUAAAAUAUCUCAAGAUAUCUGUGUGCAUUUUGAAACUGAAGGCUGGGUGUUGAUUCCAGAAUCCGUCAGUGUAUUACAGGAGUUGAAAAACAGGAAUAUUACAGUCGGUGCUAUAUCAAACUUUGACGAUACGCUUGAAAGUGUGCUUCGUAGGAUGUCUAUUCUCCACUACUUUGACUUUGUUUUAUCAGCUUGGACUGUAGGUCAUGCUAAACCAGAUCCAGAGAUUUACCUGAAGGCUUUGGACAUGGCAAAUACUACAGCUUCAGAAUCUAUACAUGUUGGCGAUGAUUAUCAGAAUGAUUAUGUAGGUCCAAAGAAAGUGGGAAUGCAGAGUAUUUUAUUUUGUCCAGAUGUUUCAAAUAUUCCAACAGGUGUUAAAUGUUCAAUAACAAAUCUAUCUGAUCUAUUAGAAUAUGUUUAAAGAGA